UAUUUGAGAAUACGAAGAAAGAUAAGAAGAAAAUAGAAAAAGAGAAAUCCAGCACAAUAAUUGAUGAAAAUUUUCUCUAUAUAAAUAAACACACAUAUCAACACCCAAUCCGUUUCUUCUGCUUCAUUAACUGCAGGGAGAAAGAAAGUGAAAACUCUGUGAAGCACAAGAAAAAGAGGAAAAGAAGAAAACAAAGAAGAAGAAGGAAUCGUCGGUGCUCUACCAACGAUCGCUCAUCUUGCUUCUCCGAAAUUUGUUCCGUGCGAUUUUUCAGAGGCAUCUUUUGUUGGUUGUUAUACUCUUGCAGUGCUGUUUUUUUCCUCAUUGCUGGUAAAUUAUUAUAUAUGGGCUGAGGUGCACUUUUCAUGGGAGGUGUGGAGGAUGAAGAACCAGCUUUAAAACGCAUGAAAUUAUCCUCUAAAGGAUUAGUUGGUCUCUCUAACGGUUCAUCUACUGUGGAGCCAAUUGGAGGCUCUUCAAGUAAUUUGAUGGCUCGGCCCCUGUCAUCCGAAGGGGACGAUGAAAUUGUUGGUUCGAAAGGGGUUAUAAAAAGAGAGGAAUUUGUUAGGAUAAUUGCUAGGGCAUUGUAUUCUCUCGGUUACAAAAAGAGUGGGGCAUACCUUGAGGAGGAGUCUGGCAUACAUUUGCACUCAUCUGUUGUAAAUCUGUUUAUGCAGCAAAUACUAGAUGGCGAUUGGGACCAAAGCAUAGCCACAUUAAAUAAAAUUGGUCUAGCAGAUGAAAGGAUUGUCAGGGAAGCCUCGUUUUUAAUAUUGGAACAGAAGUAUUUUGAACUUCUUGAUGGGGAAAAGGUCAUGGAUGCAUUGAAGACAUUGAGGACUGAAAUUGCGCCACUUUGCUUUAAUAGUGGUAGAAUUCGUGAACUUUCUUCCCGCAUAGUGUCUCAGUGUGGCCAAGUUGGUACUUCUAGGCAAGAUAUUGUAGGGGUGAGAUCACGGUCGAAACUACUGGAGGAAUUGCAGAAACUGCUUCCCCCAUCAGUAAUGAUACCUGAAAAGAGAUUGGAACAUCUUGUUGAACAAGCUCUUAUCUUGCAACGAGAGGCUUGCCUGUUUCACAACUCAUUGGAUAAGGAGAUGUCAUUAUAUUCAGAUCAUCACUGUGGAAAAACUCAGAUACCUUGUAGGACAUUACAGAUAUUAGAAGCACAUGAUGAUGAAGUGUGGUUUGUACAAUUUUCACAUAAUGGGAAAUAUUUAGCUUCAGCAUCAAAUGAUCGAUCUGCAAUCAUUUGGGAGGUUGACAUGAAUGGUGGACUGUCUAUCAAACAUAAAUUAUCCGGUCACCUGAAACCUGUUUCUUCUGUUUCAUGGAGUCCUAAUGACCUAGAGCUCCUUACGUGUGGAGUGGAGGAGGCGGUUAGGCGUUGGGAUGUCUCUACUGGUAAGUGCCUGCAAGUUUAUGAGAAAACCGGUCCUGGCCUAGUCUCCUGUGCAUGGUUUCCAAGUGGGAAAUAUAUACUUUUUGGCCUCAGUGACAAGAGCAUUUGCAUGUGGGAAUUAGAUGGGAAAGAAGUGGAGUCUUGGAAAGGACAAAGAACCCUUAAGAUUUCUGAUUUGGAAAUAUCGGGCGAUGGGGAACAGAUUCUCAGCAUUUGUAAAGACAAUGCAAUACUGUUAUUCAACAAAGAAACUAAGGAUGAGAGAUUUAUUGAUGAGGAUCAGACAAUAACCUCCUUCUCCUUGUCAAAGGAUAGCAGAUUCUUGUUGGUUAAUCUUUGGAACGAAGAAAUACAUCUUUGGAAUAUAGAAAGUCAUCCUAAGCUUGUUGGCAAGUACAAAAGUCAUAGACGCUCACGGUUUAUUAUCAGAUCUUGCUUUGGUGGACUUAAGCAAGCUUUUAUUGCUAGUGGAAGUGAGGAUUCACAGGUUUACAUAUGGCACAGAAGCUCAGGGGAUCUAAUAGAGGCAUUGCCUGGUCAUUCUGGAGCAGUUAACUGUGUGAGCUGGAAUCCAGCUAACCCCCAUAUGUUAGCCUCAGCCAGUGAUGACGGGACAAUUCGGAUAUGGGGCUUAGAGUGUCUGAAUGUAAAGUACCAAAAUGCAUACACCAAUGGCGUCCAUUACUGCAAUGGGGGUGAACCUAGAUGAAGGCAAACUACUUUAAUUUCAUUUCUUUUUUCUAUCAUUGCAAUUGUGUAAAUACUUUUACUAUCACCACAAGUAGACAAGACGACAUUCAUACCAAACAUGCAUGCGACUUUUCAUCAAUCUGAAAAUAAAUUUAUGUUCAUUUAAGCGUUUGCUCUUCGUCCUGAGCUUGAUUAAUUGAUUC